AUGAAAAUCGAAAUUGUUUUGGCUUUGUCAUUGGUGACAAGCACUACCCUAAUUGACACUGUGCAAGGGGCUAAAAUUUUAUCGGUCUUUCCAUAUCCGGCACCCUCAAAGUACAUCUUUAUUUCGACGCUAUUAAAAGCUUUGGCGGAAAGAGGUCAUGAAGUCACAUCGAUAUCAACAUUCCCCCAAAAGGAGAAAUUAAAGAAUUUUCAUGACAUUGCAGUAAUGGAAAAUUUUCAUUUAUUUGAAGAGUACCUAGAAGAAGCUGCUUCGGGAGAGACCAAAUCAUAUAUCCAAGAAUUUCUUGAGCUUGCCCAACCUGGAAAAUUAAUGGUCACCAAUAUUCUAGAAAAUACUGAAGUCAAGAGAAUUAUGAAAAAUGAAAAGUUUGAUUUAAUCAUCUUAGAUGUUAUGGUAACAGAAGCUUUGCUGGGCUUUGGAGAACAUUUCAAGGCUCCCAUGGUGGCUGUCUCCGCCUUUGGCACCAUUAACUUCAUAGACUAUCUGGUGGGCAAUACUUCACCUCUAUCCUAUAUACCACACAUCAGUGUACCCUAUGACAAUCAUAUGUCGCUUAAGGAAAGAGUUGUAAAUAUGCUAUCAGAAAUUGUGGACCAAUUGUGUUUUAACCAUUACAUAUUACCGCUUCAGGAGGAAGUCUAUAAAAAAUACUUUCCCUCGGCCCAACUCAGUUUAGAUCAAGCUCGUAAAAAUGUCUCUUUGGUAUUGCUGAAUGAUCAUUUCACACUACGUUUCCCCAGACCCUAUGUGCCCAACAUGAUUGAAGUUGGAGGUUUGCAUGUUAAGGCAAAUCCAGACCCUUUAACUGAAGAUCUACAAGAAUAUUUGGAUAAGGCUUCAGAAGGUGUGAUAUAUUUUUCCUUGGGAUCGAAUGUCCAAAGCAAAGAUCUUUCAUCAAACACCUUAAAAGUCCUGCUGGAGGGUUUUAGAGAAUUGAAAAUCAAAGUUUUGUGGAAAUUUGAAAACGAAGAUUUGCCCGGCAAACCGGAUAAUGUUCUCAUACGAAAAUGGUUUAAUCAACCUGCCAUUUUGGCUCAUCCCAAUGUGAAGCUUUUUAUAACACAUGGCGGUUAUUUGAGCACAAUUGAGACUAUAUUCUAUGGCACACCCAUACUAGGAAUACCCAUUUUUGCCGACCAGUUUAUGAAUGUGAAGGAUGCUGUCAAAGCCGGCUAUGCUUUGGAAUUACAAUUGAAUGAAAUGACCAAGGAUAGCUUUAAGAAGACUAUAAAAGAGCUUUGGCGCAAUCCCAAAUACUCAGAAGCUGUUGGACGCUUAUCGAAACGCUACAGAGAUCAACCUAUGACACCCUUGGAGACUGCCAUCUAUUGGGUUGAGUAUGUGUUGCGCAAUGAGGGAGCACCGUAUAUGCGGAAUGCUGGACAGGAUUUAAGUUUUAUGGAAUAUCAUAAUCUCGAUGUAUUUCUGCUAUUGGCGGCAGGAGUUACUUUGAUUUUUGUUGUUAUUUUUUAUGCUAUUUGUUCAUUGAAGAAAAUGUGUGGCAAAGCGAGUAAAACGUCUAAAAAUUCUAAAAAAGAUAAAUUAAAGAAACAUUAA